AUGGAUACUUAUCCCGAGUUAAACUUGAAAUCAACGGUUGAUGAUGAAAUACCAACAUUAAACAUUGGCCGUAACCCACAAUGUAAAAUAAAAUCAUCUCGUUGUUCAAGGGAACAAGUUCAAAUUCAAAUUCAUUAUCCGCAUGUUUAUAUUCAACGUGUUGGUAAUAACAAAUCUUAUUUAAAUAAUCGUCCAUUAGACAACAGUAGACAACAGUUAUCGAACGGCGAUAUUAUUAAUGUAUUGGAAAAUGAAUAUUCAUACACUGUUCAUAUUAAUAUUGAUAACAAUAAAGAAAUGACACGAAAGCCUCCAACAGGAGCAUCAAAUAAUAUUAUGGUUAAACGUACAAAUGAUGGAUAUGAUGAAGAAACGAAUACAAAAAAGAAACCGCGUCUAGAUUCAACUAAUGAUGCACAAACGAAAGAAAAAGUAGUGGAAAAUCAGCCGGAUAGUUUGGAUAAUCUUAGUGAAUCAUAUGAAGAAAAUCAUUUACAAUGGGUAGAAGAACAGUUAAAUGUAUUGAAAAACAAAGUACUACAGCAAAAAGAACAACAACAAGAAAUAGUAAUAUUACCGACAGCAUCGUCCGUAAAAGAAGUGAAAUUAGAACCAACUACGAUGAGCUUUUGGGACGCUAUUCAUCAUGGACUUGAAGUAUUUACCUCAAAAGGAGUUAUUAAUAGUGAAAAGAUUGCUGCAUUUGACCUGGACAGUACAUUGAUUACAACAAAAUCAGGAAAAGUUUUUCCUGAAAAUGACGAUGAUUGGCGUUUGGCCUUUGAUACAAGUACCAGAAAACUUAAACAAUUAGUCAGUGAUGGUUUUAAACUAGUUAUAUUUACAAAUCAGCGUGGAUUAUUUAAAAAGCCGUCUACAGCACAAUUUCGUCUUAAAAUUGAGCGAGUUCAACAAAAACUCAAUGUUCCAUUGCAAGUUUUUGUUGCAAUUAAUCCAGGAGUGAAUCGAAAGCCUUGUAUUGAUGCCGCAGGUCGUCCAGCUGGAUGGAAACCAAAAGCGAAGAAAGAUCAUUCGUUAGCAGAUAGAUUGUUUGCUUUGAAUGUUGGUCUUCGAUUUUAUACACCUGAAGAAUAUUUUCUUGGCUAUUCCAAACAAACGUUCAUAAUGCCAAUAUUUGACCCAAACUCUUUACGUUCAAUUGAAAAUUUGCUCGAGCCAACAACAGCAGCAUUAACGUCUAUUCAUCAAGAAAUGAUUGUCAUGUGUGGAUUACCAGCAUCUGGUAAAAGUCGUUUUGUUGAACACUAUCUUUUACCACACAAUUAUGAGCAUAUUAAUCGAGAUACACUUGGAACAUGGCAAAAAUGUGUUAAACAAUGUGAAAUAGCAUUGUCUAAAGGCCGAAGUGUUGUUGUUGAUAAUACAAACGUUGAUAUUGAAUCACGAAAAAGAUAUAUCGAUGUUGCAAAAACAUUUAAUGUGCCCUGUAGAUGUUUUGUGCUGAAUGUAUCUGUCGAACAUGCAAAACAUAAUAAUAUAUUUCGUCAAAUUAUUGGUACUGAUGAUAGUCAUAAAAAUGUUAACGAUAUUGUCAUUUUGGGAUCAAAUAAAGCCUAUGUGAAACCGACAAUCGAUGAAGGUUUUAGUGAAAUAGUUCAUGUCAAUUUUAAACCAUUAUUCAAUGAUAGUGCUGAAAAUGAAAAAUUAUAUCAUCAUUAUUUAUUAGGCUAA